AUGAAUGCAGAUUUGGAGGCAUUCAUCAAUUCCCUGGAAGGGAAUCAUCACCUGUCCACCAGCAGACGUAUUCAUGCAACACACAAUCCAGUCUUGAAACCCACUGUAUUGUGGAUAGCAGAGUUAGAAAGUCAGAACUGCGGGGGCUUGGUCCAGGGCCCCAAUGGCACAAUCGAGAGCCCGGGCUUUCCUCACGGCUACCCCAACUACGCCAACUGCACGUGGAUCAUCGUCACCGGGGAGCGCAACCGGAUCCAGCUGUCCUUCCACACCUUCGCGCUGGAGGAGGACUUCGACAUCCUGUCCGUGUACGACGGGCAGCCGCAGCAGGGCAACCUGAAAGUGAGGUUGUCGGGAUUUCAGCUCCCCUCCUCUAUGGUGAGCACAGGAUCCAUCCUCACGCUGUGGUUCACCACGGACUUCGCAGUGAGCGCCCAGGGCUUCAAGGCACUGUACGAAGUUUUACCUAGCCACACUUGUGGAAAUCCUGGGGAAAUACUGAAAGGAGUUCUGCACGGAACAAGAUUCAACAUAGGAGACAAGAUCCGGUACAGCUGUCUCCCGGGCUACAUCCUGGAAGGGCACGCAGUCCUGACGUGCAUCGUCAGCCCGGGGAACGGCGCGUCCUGGGACUUCCCGGCUCCUCUCUGCAGAGCCGAAGGCGCAUGUGGAGGAACCUUGCGGGGCACCAGCAGCACCAUCUCCAGCCCGCACUUCCCCUCUGAGUACGAGAACAACGCAGACUGCACCUGGACCAUCCUGGCCGAGCCGGGGGACACCAUAGCGCUGGUCUUCACUGACUUUCAGCUGGAAGAGGGGUACGACUUCCUGGAGAUCAGCGGGACAGAAGCCCCAUCCAUAUGGCUGACCGGCAUGAACCUCCCCUCCCCCGUCAUCAGCAGCAAGAACUGGCUGCGGCUGCACUUCACAUCCGACAGCAACCACCGGCGCAAGGGCUUCAGCGCUCAGUUCCAAGUGAAAAAGGCAAUUGAGCUGAAGUCAAGAGGAGUCAAGAUGCUCCCCAGCAAGGACAGCAGCCACAAGAACUCCGUCUUGAGUCAAGGUGGCGUUUCAUCGGCCUCUGACAUGUGCCCAGACCCUGGGAUUCCAGAGAACGGCAGAAGAGCGGGCUCUGACUUCAGGGUUGGUGCAAAUGUGCAGUUCUCCUGUGAGGACAAUUAUGUGCUCCAGGGAUCCAAGGCCAUCGCGUGCCAGAGAGUGACAGAGACGCUGGCAGCAUGGAGUGACCACCGGCCCAUCUGCCGAGCGAGGACAUGCGGGUCCAAUCUGCGGGGGCCCAGCGGCGUCAUCACCUCCCCCAACUACCCCGUUCAGUAUGAGGACAACGCGCACUGUGUGUGGGUGAUCACCACCUCCGACCCGGACAAGGUCAUCAAGCUCGCCUUUGAAGAGUUCGAGUUGGAAAGAGGCUAUGACACUCUUACCGUGGGGGAUGCCGGGAAAGUAGGGGACACCAGAUCCGUCCUAUACGUACUCACAGGAUCCAGUGUCCCUGACCUCAUUGUGAGCAUGAGCAACCAGAUGUGGCUGCACCUGCAGUCUGAUGAUAGCAUUGGCUCACCUGGAUUUAAGGCCGUUUACCAAGAAAUUGAAAAGGGCGGGUGCGGUGACCCCGGAGUCCCUGCCUACGGGAAGCGGACCGGCAGCAGUUUCCUCCACGGGGACACGCUCACUUUCGAGUGCCAGGCAGCCUUCGAGCUGGUGGGCGAGAGGGUCAUCACUUGCCAGCAGAAUAACCAGUGGUCAGGCAACAAGCCCAGCUGCGUGUUUUCCUGUUUCUUCAACUUCACGGCGUCCUCUGGCAUUAUUCUCUCACCGAAUUACCCAGAGGAGUACGGCAACAACAUGAACUGUGUGUGGCUGAUUAUCUCAGAGCCAGGAAGCAGAAUCCACCUCAUCUUUAACGAUUUUGAUGUGGAGCCUCAGUUUGACUUCCUCGCAGUCAAAGACGAUGGGAUUUCUGACAUAACCGUCCUUGGCACUUUCUCUGGCAAUGAAGUGCCUGCCCAGCUGGCCAGCAGUGGACACAUAGUGCGCCUGGAAUUCCAAUCUGAUCACUCCACCACCGGCAGAGGGUUCAACAUCACCUACACCACAUUUGGGCAAAAUGAAUGUCACGACCCAGGCAUCCCUAUAAACGGGCGGCGUUUUGGUGACAGGUUCCUACUUGGGAGUUCCGUCUCCUUCCACUGUGACGAUGGAUUUGUGAAGACUCAGGGGUCGGAGUCGAUCACCUGCAUCUUGCAGGAUGGAAAUGUGGUGUGGAGCUCCACCGUGCCGCGCUGUGAAGCCCCGUGUGGUGGACAUCUGACAGCUUCUAGUGGGGUCAUUUUGCCUCCCGGAUGGCCAGGCUAUUACAAAGACUCUUUGAACUGUGAAUGGGUCAUUGAAGCAAAACCAGGACAUUCCAUCAAAAUAACCUUUGACAGGUUCCAGACGGAAGUCAACUACGACACCCUGGAGGUCAGGGACGGCCCUGCCAGCUCGUCGCCGCUGAUCGGAGAGUACCACGGCACUCAGGCGCCGCAGUUCCUCAUCAGCACCAGCAACUACAUGUACCUGCUCUUCAGUACCGACAGCAGCCGGGCCAGCGUGGGCUUCCUCAUCCGCUAUGAGAGUGUGACCCUCGAGUCAGACUCCUGCCUCGACCCGGGCAUCCCUGUGAACGGCCAUCGGCACGGCAGUAACUUCGGCAUCCGGUCCACGGUGACCUUCAGCUGUGACCCCGGGUACACCCUGAGUGACGAGGAGCCCCUGGUCUGCGAGAGGAACCACCAGUGGAAUCAUGCAUUGCCCAGCUGUGACGCCCUGUGUGGCGGCUACAUCCAGGGGAAGAGUGGAACGGUCCUUUCUCCUGGGUUUCCAGACUUCUACCCCAACUCCCUCAACUGCACAUGGACCAUCGAAGUGUCUCAUGGAAAGGGGGUGCAGAUGAUCUUCCACACCUUCCACCUCGAGAGCUCCCAUGACUUCCUCCUCAUCACCGAGGACGGCAGCUUCUCCCAGCCGGUGGCCAGGCUCACGGGCUCAGUGCUGCCUCACACCAUCAAGGCUGGCUUGUUUGGAAACUUCACUGCCCAGCUGCGUUUCAUCUCGGACUUUUCCAUUUCCUACGAGGGCUUCAACAUCACCUUUUCAGAGUACGACCUGGAGCCCUGCGACGACCCCGGCGUCCCCGCGUUCAGCCGCAGAAUUGGCUUCCACUUCGGCGUCGGGGACACCCUCACCUUCUCCUGCUUCCCUGGCUACCGCCUGGAGGGUGCGGCCGCGCUCACGUGCCUGGGUGGGGGCCGCCGUGUGUGGAGCGCACCUCUGCCAAGGUGUGUGGCUGAAUGUGGAGCAAGUGUCAAAGGCAAUGAAGGAACAUUACUGUCUCCAAAUUUCCCGUCCAAUUAUGAUAAUAACCACGAAUGUAUCUAUAAAAUAGAGACAGAACCUGGCAAGGGGAUCCACCUCCGAGCUCGGAGUUUUCAGCUGUUUGAAGGAGAUACUCUGAAGGUUUACGAUGGAAAAGACAGCUCAUCACGUCCACUGGGAACCUUCACUAAAAACGAGCUGAUGGGGCUCACCCUCAACAGCACCUCCAACCACCUGUGGCUGGAGUUCAACACCAACAGCUCGGACACGGACCGCGGCUUCCAGCUGACCUACACCAGCUUCGAUCUGGUCAAGUGCGAGGACCCCGGCAGCCCCAACUACGGCUACCGGAUCCGGGACGAGGGCCACUUCACAGACACCAUGGUCCUGUACAGCUGCAACCCAGGCUACGCCAUGCACGGCAGCGGCACCCUCACCUGUCUCAGUGGGGACCGGAGGGUGUGGGACAAGCCGGUGCCGUCCUGUGUAGCGGAAUGUGGAGGCUACAUCCACACAGCCACGUCUGGACGGAUCUUAUCCCCUGGCUACCCAGCCCCAUAUGAUAACAACCUGCACUGUACCUGGACCGUGGAGGCUGACCCAGGGAGGACCAUCAGCCUGCAUUUCAUUGUUUUUGACACGGAGCUGGCACAUGACAUCCUCAAGGUGUGGGACGGCCCCGUGGACAGCGACAUCCUCCUGAAGGAGUGGAGCGGCUCGGCGCUGCCGGAGGACAUCCACAGCACCUUCAACUCGCUCACGCUGCAGUUUGACAGCGACUUCUUCAUCAGCAAGUCGGGCUUCUCCAUCCAGUAUUCGACCUCAGUCGCAUCCACCUGCAAUGACCCAGGGAUGCCCCAGAACGGCACCCGCUACGGAGACAGCCGGGAGCCAGGGGACACCCUCACCUUCCAGUGUGACCCGGGGUACCAGCUACAAGGACAAGCCAAGGUCACCUGUGUGCAGCUCAACAACCGGUUCUUCUGGCAGCCAGACCCACCCACGUGCAUAGCUGCAUGCGGCGGGAACCUGACAGGCCCUGCGGGAGUCAUUCUGUCCCCUAACUACCCUCAGCCCUACCCUCCGGGCAAGGAGUGUGACUGGAGAGUGAAGGUGAACCCAGACUUUGUCAUCGCCUUGAUAUUCAGAAGCUUCAACAUGGAGCCCAGCUACGACUUCCUGCACAUCUACGAGGGGGAGGAUUCCAACAGCCCUCUCAUCGGGAGUUUCCAGGGCUCCCAAGCCCCAGACAGGAUCGAGAGCAGCGGAAACAGCCUGUUCCUGGCUUUCCGGAGCGACGCUUCCGUGGGCUUGUCGGGGUUCGCCAUUGAGUUUAAAGAGAAGCCACGGGAAGCUUGCUUUGACCCUGGGAACAUCAUGAACGGGACCAGAGUCGGCACCGACUUCAAGCUGGGCUCUGUGGUCACCUACCAGUGUGACUCUGGCUACAAGAUUGCAGAGCCGUCGUCCAUCACCUGCACGAUCGGGGCCGACGGGAAGCCCUCCUGGGACCGCAUCCUGCCCUCCUGCACAGCUCCGUGUGGAGGUCAGUACUCGGGAUCCGAAGGCGUGGUCCUGUCCCCCAACUACCCGCACAACUACACAGCUGGCCAGACCUGCCUCUACACCGUCACUGUGCCCAAGGAGUUCGUGGUGUUUGGACAGUUUGCCUACUUCCAGACGGCACUCAACGACUUGGCAGAAUUAUUUGAUGGAGCCCAUCCCCAAGCCCGACUGCUCAGCUCCCUCUCUGGGUCUCAUUCAGGUGAAACGUUGCCUUUAGCCACAUCGAAUCAAAUUCUUCUUCGAUUCAGUGCUAACAGUGGCGCAUCGGCCCGGGGCUUCCACUUCCUCUAUCAAGCUGUUCCCCGAACCAGUGACACCCAGUGCAGCUCUGUCCCUGAGCCCAGAUAUGGGCGGAGGAUCGGCUCUGAGUUCUCAGCAGGCUCCAUCGUGCGAUUUGAGUGCAACCCAGGGUAUCUGCUCCAAGGGUCCUCGGCCAUCCGCUGUCAGUCGGUGCCCAACGCGUUGGCACAGUGGAACGACACCAUCCCAAGCUGCGUGGUUCCCUGCAGUGGCAAUUUCACCCAGCGGAGAGGCACGAUUCUGUCCCCUGGCUACCCGGAGCCCUACGGCAACAACCUGAACUGCGUGUGGAGGGUCCUCGUGACGGAGGGGUCCGGGAUUCAGAUCCAAGUGAUCAGCUUCGCCACGGAGCAGAACUGGGACUCGCUGGAGAUCCAUGAUGGGGGCGAUGUGAGCGCCCCGAGGCUGGGCAGCUUCUCAGGGACCACGGUGCCCGCCCUGCUGAACAGCACGUCCAACCAGCUCUACCUGCACUUCCAGUCCGACAUCAGCGUGGCCGCGGCGGGCUUCCACCUGGAGUACAAGACGGUGGGUCUUGCUGCGUGUCAAGAACCAGCCCUGCCCAGCAACGGCAUUAAGCUGGGGGACCGCUACAUGGUGAACGACGUGCUCUCUUUCCAGUGUGAGCCGGGGUACACCUUGCAGGGCCGCUCCCACAUCUCCUGCAUGCCCGGGACCGUGCGCCGCUGGAACCACCCGUCCCCGCUCUGCAUUGCCACCUGCGGAGGGACGCUGACCGAGCCUGGUGGCGUGAUCCUGAGCCCCGGCUUCCCCGGCUCCUAUCCCAACAACCUGGACUGCACCUGGAAGAUCUCACUGCCCAUCGGCUAUGGUGCCCAUAUCCAGUUUCUGAAUUUCUCCACCGAAGCGAACCACGACUACCUGGAGGUCCAGAACGGGCCUUACCCCAGCAGCCCGAUGAUCGGGCAGUUCAGCGGCACUGACCUGCCCUUGGCCCUGCUCAGCACGACGCACGAGACGCUCGUCCGCUUCUACAGCGACCACUCGCAGAACCGCCAAGGGUUCAAACUCGCUUACCAAGCCUAUGAGCUACAGAACUGCCCUGACCCACCCCCCUUCCAGAAUGGGUACAUGAUCAACUCCGACUACAGCGUGGGCCAGUCCAUCUCGUUUGAGUGCUACCCGGGGUACAUCCUAAUAGGGCACCCUGUCCUCACCUGUCAGCACGGGACCAACAGAAACUGGAACCACCCCUUCCCACGGUGCGAUGCUCCUUGCGGGUAUAACGUGACGUCCCAGAACGGAACCAUCUACUCCCCUGGCUUUCCCGAUGAGUACCCCAUCCUGAAGGACUGCCUCUGGCUGGUCACCGUCCCCCCAGGGCAUGGGGUAUACAUCAACUUCACCUUGCUGCAGACAGAGGCAGUGAACGAUUACAUCGCUGUCUGGGAUGGUCCGGAUCAGAGUGCGCCCCAGCUGGGAGUGUUCAGUGGGAACACUGCUCUGGAGACGGCCUACAGCUCCACCAACCAGGUCCUGCUCAAGUUCCACAGCGACUUUUCCAACGGAGGCUUCUUCGUGCUCAAUUUUCAUGCGUUCCAGCUGAAGAAGUGCCCGCCACCGCCCGAGGUCCCCCAUGCAGACAUGCUGACCGAGGACGAGGACUUUGAAAUAGGAGAUUUCGUGAAGUACCAGUGCCACCCUGGGUACACCCUGUCGGGGAGCGACACGCUGACCUGCAAGCUCAGCUCCCAGCUGCAGUUCGAAGGUGCCCCCCCGGCCUGUGAAGCACAGUGCCCGGCGAAUGAAAUACGGACAGAAUCCUCGGGAGUAAUCCUCAGUCCGGGGUAUCCCGGCAACUAUUUUAACUCCCAGACAUGCUCUUGGAGUAUUAAAGUGGAACCGAACUAUAACAUUACCAUCUUUGUGGACACCUUUCAAAGUGAAAAGCAGUUUGAUUCACUGGAAGUAUUUGACGGUUCUUCUGGGCAGAGUCCUCUGCUCGUGGUCUUGAGUGGGAACCACACUGAGCAGUCGAAUUUCACCAGCCAGAGCAACCAGCUCUUCCUCCGCUGGUCCACCGACCAUGCGACCAACAAGAAAGGCUUCAAGAUCCGCUACGCAGCUCCGUACUGCAGCCUGACCUCCACUUUGAAGAACGGCGGAGUUGUUAAUAGGACAGCAGGGACAGUCGGGAGUAAAGUGCGGUACUUCUGCAAGCCUGGGUACCGCAUGGUGGGCCACAGCAAUGCCACCUGCAGCCGGAGCGCCAUGGGCAUGUACCAGUGGGACUCCCUCGUGCCCAUCUGCCAGGCUGUGUCCUGUGGCAUCCCAGAGUCCCCGGGAAAUGGUUCAUUCACAGGCAAUGAGUUCACUCUGGACAGUAAAGUGACAUAUGAAUGUAACGAGGGCUUCAAGCUAGAAGCCAGUCAACAAGCAAGCGCGGUAUGUCGGGAGGAUGGCUUGUGGAGUAACAGAGGGAAGCCUCCUGCUUGCAAACCGGUUCCGUGCCCCAGCAUCGAGGCGCAGCUGUCCGAACACGUCCUCUGGAGACUGGUGUCUGGGUCGCUGAAUGAGUACGGAGCCCAGGUCCUGCUGAGCUGCAGCCCUGGCUACUACUUAGAGGGCCGCAGGCUGCUCCAGUGCCAGGCGAACGGGACCUGGAGCUUGGGGCAUGAGAGGCCCCGCUGCAAAGUGAUCUCGUGUGGGAGCCUGUCCUUUCCCCCAAAUGGUAACAAGAUCGGGACGCUGACGGUGUAUGGGGCCACCGCCAUCUUCACCUGCAACACGGGCUACACGCUGGUGGGCUCGCACGUCCGAGAGUGCUUGGCCAACGGCCUCUGGAGCGGCUCAGAAACACGCUGUCUGGCCGGCCACUGCGGUUCCCCAGACCCCAUCGUGAACGGCCACAUCAGCGGGGACGGCUUCAGCUACAGGGACACAGUGGUCUACCAGUGCAACCCCGGCUUCCGGCUGGUGGGGACAUCCGUCAGGAUCUGCCUGCAGGACCACAAGUGGUCUGGACAGACCCCCGUCUGUGUCCCGAUCACCUGUGGACACCCUGGAAACCCUGCCCAUGGGGUCACCAACGGCAGUGAGUUCAACCUGAAUGACCUGGUGAACUUCACCUGCAACACGGGCUACCUGCUGCAGGGGGCCUCACGCGCCCAGUGCCGGAGCAACGGGCAGUGGAGCAGCCCCCUGCCCACCUGCCGAGUGGUGAACUGCUCGGAUCCCGGCUUCGUGGAGAACGCCAUUCGACAAGGGCAGCAGAAUUUCCCCGAGAGUUUCGAGUACGGCACGAGCGUCCUCUUCCACUGCAAGAAGGGCUUUUACCUGCUGGGCUCCUCGGCCCUGACCUGCACGGCGAGCGGCUCGUGGGACCGCGCUCUGCCGGCUUGCCUGGCCAUCUCGUGUGGGCACCCUGGAGUCCCUGCCAAUGCAGUGCUGACUGGAGAGCUGUUCACCUAUGGAGCCAGAGUGCAGUACUCCUGCAAAGGAGGCCAGAGUCUCACCGGCAACAGCACCAGAGUCUGCCAGGAAGACAGCCACUGGAGCGGGUCCCUUCCCCACUGCUCAGGAAGCAGCCCCGGGUUUUGUGGGGACCCCGGGACCCCCGCACAUGGCUCUCGGCUUGGGGAUGAAUUUAAGACCAAGAGUCUCCUGCGCUUCUCCUGUGAAAUGGGCUACCAGCUGCGCGGCUCAGCAGAGCGGAUGUGCCUGCUCAACGGGUCCUGGUCAGGGGUGCAGCCUGUGUGCGAAGCCGUGUCCUGUGGGAAUCCCGGCACGCCUACCAACGGCCGGAUAGUGAGCAGCAACGGCAUCCUCUUCUCCAGCUCCGUGGUCUACGCGUGCUGGGAGGGCUACAAGACCUCGGGGCUCACCACACGGCACUGCACGGCCAACGGGACCUGGACGGGCACUGCCCCCGACUGCACAAUUAUCAGCUGUGGAGAUCCAGGCACACUGCCGAAUGGUGUCCAGUUCGGGACUGACUUCACCUUCAACAAGACCGUAAGCUACCAGUGCAGCCCUGGCUACCUGAUGGAACCCGCCAUGGCUUCCACCAUCCGCUGUACGAAAGACGGCACAUGGAACCAGAGCAAGCCCAUCUGCAAAGCUGUGCUGUGCAGCCAGCCCCCUCCUGUGCCCAGUGGAAAGGUGGAGGGCACCGACUUCCGCUGGGGCUCCAGCAUCAGUUACAGCUGUGUGGAUGGCUUCCAGCUUUCCCACUCGGCCAUCCUCUCCUGCGAAGGGCACGGGGUGUGGCGAGGAGAGGUCCCGCAAUGCCUGCCUGUGUUCUGUGGAGACCCCGGGAUCCCAGCUGAGGGACAGAUCAGUGGGAAGAGCUUCACGUUCAGGUCUGAGGUCUUCUUCCAGUGCAAGGAGCCCUUCAUACUGGUGGGGUCAUCGCGGAGAAUGUGUCAGGCUGACGGCACCUGGAGCGGCAUUCAGCCCACCUGCAUAGAUCCUGCACAUAAUACCUGCCCAGAUCCUGGUACCCCACACUUUGGAAUACAAAAUAGCUCUAGAGGAUAUGAGGUGGGGAGCACCGUCUUCUUCAGAUGCAGGAAAGGCUACCAUGUCCAGGGCUCCACCACCCGGACUUGCCUUGCGAACCUCACCUGGAGUGGCAUGCAGACGGAGUGCACACCUCACGCCUGCAGGCAGCCUGAAACCCCAGCACAUGCUGAUGUGAGAGCCAUUGAUCUUCCUACGUUUGGCUACACCUUGGUGUACACCUGCCACCCAGGGUUUUUCCUUGCUGGUGGAUCUGAACAUAGGACAUGUAAAGCAGAUAUGAAAUGGACGGGGAAAUCACCUGUGUGUAAAAGUAAAGGAGUGAGAGAAGUUAAUGAAACAGUUACUAAAACUCCAGUUCCUUCUGAUGUGUUUUUCGUCAAUUCGGUGUGGAAGGGAUAUUAUGAAUAUUUAGGCAAGAGGCAGCCUGCAACUCUAACUGUUGACUGGUUCAAUGCAACCAGCAGCAAGGUGAACGCGACAUUCACGACAGCCCCACAGGUGCAGCUGGACCUGACAGGCGUCUACAAGAAAGAAGAGGCACACUUGCUUCUGAAAGCUUUUCACAUGAAAGGCCACGUGGAUAUUUUUGUGAGCAAGUUCGAGAAUGACAACUGGGGGCUGGAUGGCUACGUGUCCUCAGGACUGGAGAGGGGAGGAUUCACUUUUCAAGGUGACAUACAUGGGAAAGACUUUGGAAAAUUCAAGCUAGAAAGGCAAGAUCCCUCCAGCUCCGAUCAAGACCCUUCAAAUCAUUACCACGGCACCAGCAGUGGCUCGGUGGCAGCUGCUAUUCUGGUUCCCUUCUUUGCUCUAAUCUUAUCAGGGUUUGCAUUUUACCUCUACAAACACAGAACGAGACCAAAAGUUCAGUACAAUGGCUACGCUGGACACGAAAACAGCAACGGACAAGCUUCCUUUGAAAAUCCCAUGUAUGAUACAAACUUAAAGCCCACAGAAGCCAAGGCCGUGCGGUUCGACACGACUCUGAACACAGUGUGCACGGUGGUAUAGCCCUCAGUGCCCGGACUGACUCAUAGCCAUACCUCUGAAGGACAAGCAGUACUUCCUUUGGUGCCAUAGACCACACUUCCUUCUACUCUUGCUUUGCUGCAGCGCCUCCUCCAUCGUCUUCUGGUGUCCACGGGCGGAGCCUCCACCCACUCCCUGUGGCAGCGUCUCCCACGGACCGGACUGCAAACGAGGAUUUCUAACAUGUCCACCAAGACCCAGGCGCACUCCAGGGGGAAACCUGGUCCUGGGAUACGCCGAGCUCCGUGCCUCAGACUCCCGUUCUCUGUGUGGCCUAGCGCCUGUCGGGGCAGCCUUGGGCCCCACAGAAGCACCCUCCCAGCACGGUGACAACAGAGUAGCACCGCAGUCUGUGUUUUUGUUUUCCUUUGAUUCCCCACGGACAAGGAUGCUCUAAAAGAAAAAGAACGUUUCCUUGAGGAAGACACCUAACAGAUGCACACACCUGUGGAUGCUUCGCUCUGUCUUUCCUGAGACCCAGCAAGCUUUGAGGACCUCGCGGCUCCCCAAGGUCCAUUGUGAGGGACAUUCGCCAAUUUCCCAGCCAGAUGUUCUAUCGCAGAAUUUUUGAUGCACAAUUUUUUGCACUAGGGUGUUAUGAAUGAUUUAGUAAGAUUCUGAUAAAAAAUAAACUAUUCACACAGGGUUUAUACACACUCCACGCUGUACAGACGUGUCCUCUGUAGUGCAGCUGCAUAUCCCGCCCUUGGUUCAGACAGGGUGAGGGGAAAAGAAUUCCAGAUACGCACAGCACAGAUGCUGACAGGAACAGCAGUACUGAAGAAGCGUAGUGUAUUAUUGCUUCCCCUAGCUCCAUGUAUUCUUAAACCCGUGGAGGACGUCCAACAAGAAAAACAGAGGCCUUUGAUUUUCCAUGUUUUCUUCCUUUUAGGACAUCAUGGCUGUUUUUGUCCCUCGUGCCAGGUGGUUUGUCACAACUCCACUUGCCAUGUACAGAUGUGAAUAGUAACUUAUGUUAGGUAGCUCAUGAGCGUGUGGGUUUUCGCUCACAGCCCAGUCUUCCCUUUUGCAUCGCCAUUUCCUGUCUUUUCCUGUGAUGUCCCUCUGUGCUGUACUGAAACAGUGAGCCACAGCUCCGCCUGGGUCUGAGGCAGUUGUUCAGGGUCCUCAUACAAAGUGCGCCUUCAGAGGUAGGGGAAGGUCGUGCACGCUCCUCUCGUGAUGAUCUGUCUUAUACUUUUGUCUCACGCUUUAGAAUUCCAGACAGAGGGACCAUUUACGUGAUUCUAUAAGUUUAAAGUUCAUCAUAAGUAGAAUUAUAAAGUGUGGAAUAAGUAAAAUAUGUCAUCCUCCCCAAGUGGAUAAAAUUUUAAAACAUGGACAGAUGUGACCAUGAGAAUGUUCUGUAACAAAUUUAAAGUGAAGAUCAUGUUUAUUUUUAUUUAUAAUUGUUUUAUAAAGGUAUUUUUGAACAGAUAUGCUUAUUUUAUUAUUUGAUGCUGAGGUACAUAUUCCACACCACACAGGUCCCCCACACACUCCCAACCUGCUUCCUCAGAACGCCAGGUGCAACUGGCGUUGCUGUGAGAACACACACACCCUCGCUUUACACCGGGAGCAGGUGUCUGUCCAGCAGGCUUGUGAGUGACACGGGAAGCCAGGAGCCUGAGGAGGCCGGUCCAUCCCUCUGAGAGUUGCGUGCUCCAUUUGGAGCAUCCUGUAAGUCCUGUCUUGGGCUCCCUCUGUUCCACCUUCCUUGGAAGAGCAUCAGCUGCCAGGAGGGCUCCCUGCCACUUGUGGUGUGUGUGCCUGAGUCCACACUGCUGUGCUGAGCUUGGGCAUGCUCUCUGGGGUCCAGCUCACCCGUGGGGACCCUUCCCUCUCCUUUCUGGGUCGAUUCGGUGAGGUCCAUGGGAGCCAUGCUCCUGACACACAUUUAAGCGAAGUGGACAGCAGAAAACAGAAGUUCGAGGACCAUUGUGUGCAAGGGAGAACAGGGUCACUAUAUAUAUAUAAGGUGUAUAUAUAUAUACAUAUAUCUAUAUAUAUUGUACAUAUCUAAGUUUGAUCACUCAGAACAGGUGCAAACUGCUGACUCGAGAGUCUGAUGAACUCCUUGUCCCCACGUGCCCGACUUGCUUGCUGGUCAGUGACGGAGUGAGUCCUGCAGCACCAGGAGGAACGCACACACAGGAGCCCACGCGUCGGACAGGGUGGAGUCCCCGCGUGGCAAGGCCAGAGUGGUGCGUGCUGUCUCCACGCGCAGACGCACUGAGCUGAGUCCUGGGAGGACUCCUGGCUUCCCCCGGGAGUGUGCGGUGUCUCACCCUGUCCCCCUCCCGCCCCCAGGCGCUGCGGCCCAGCAGGGCGGCCAGAAGCGCGUGUCGGGUGAGGCUGCAGCGGAGCGGGGCACAGCCCCACGGGCUACGGGCCUCAAAGCUGUGUAAACUGCUGCUUGUCCCCCACAUCUUGCCUUCCUUCAGGCUAGCUGCAAUAAUUUUUUUCUUCUGUAAAAUAUUUUGUAAGCAACAGCAUAAAAAGCUACUAUAGAAAGGGGAGAAAGAAAGCUGGCACCAUGGUCAGGAAACCCACCGCCAUCCCCACCCGUCACCCACACGCUGCUGUCACGAAGUAGGUGCAAAAGACCUUUUUGUACAGAGAUAUAUUUUUUAUGAAGAAUUUGUAAAAUUAUUAAAUAUGCUGUAAUUUUUUGAUUAAUGUAGGUAAAUUGUUAAAAAAAUAAAUGUUUUUACAAUACAAAACUGUAAUUUUCCCAAUAACGUAAAAUGUACCAUCUCUAGCUGAUUCUCCGUUCCAAACCUAUUACACGUGUAUUAAUAUUAAAGUGGCCUGUUAAAAUGAACAGUAUCUUUUUUUGUCAAAAAAAUUAUACAGAGAGUGUAACAUAGCCUGUGCAAUGCCACCUAUCUUUAAAGCAAA